CGGCGGGCAUUGUCAGACUACACGUACCUCCCCUCCUCCUCCCUCUCCCCCGCUGUACCUUUGCUCCCCAGCUAACUUCCUGGCAGCUUCGACGAGCUAGCGAUCUCCUUCAACGGGGGCAAGGACUGCCUAGUCCUUCUACUAUUGUUCCUCUCGUGCCUAUCCCCACCGACCAUCACCCCCCGCUCCACGAUCGCGAGCGUAUACGUGAUGUCCUCGCACCCCUUCGUGGAAGUCGACGACUUCGUGGACGUGUGCAUCCGGUCAUACGCGCUGGACUUGCACCGCUACGCGCUGCCCAUGAAAUCUGCGUUCGCCACGUACCUCCGCGAGAACCCGCGCGUAAAGGCCGUCUUUGUCGGCACCAGACGUACAGACCCCCAUGGGGAAUUCCUGAACCACUUUGAUCGCACAGAUCAUGGUUGGCCCGAUUUCAUGCGUGUGCAGCCCGUCAUCGAUUGGCAUUAUCAGGAGGUUUGGGCUUUCCUGAGAGAGCUCGAGGUGCCGUACUGCUGUCUCUACGACAUGGGGUACACCAGUCUCGGCGGCACGACCGACACGCAUCCGAACCCGGUGCUGCAGUUGCCGGCGGCGGAAGAGGGGGAGGGUGCGAAACCGCGGUUCCGGCCGGCGUACGAGCUGGUCGAGGAUCUGCAGGAGCGGUUGGGUCGGGAUCGGUGAGCGGUGAGCGGUGAGCGCUGCGUAAGGAUAGAUGGAUGGAUGGAUGUACGAUGGCUGGGCGGGUGUAUCGCGGGUUUUCACGUGGUUUGUAUAAUGAGCCUGCAUUUGGCAUGACUAGAGUUGAAGUGUCGCUUUUGCUUUUGCUUUUGCUUUU